ACGGUCCGCACGGAUGGAUUACUACCCAAGGCAGGACUUAGGAUUCUCUCUCUCUCUCGCUCUCUCUCACAGAAAUGGCCUCCAAACCUUGGAUUUUUACCACGAAUAUGGCGGGAAUUUCACAUGGGUCGAUGGAGUUUUGGCGGGAAAACGUUCAAGGGGGUUGGGCGACGAUCGCCGUCCUGCUUUUUCUCCUCGCCUGGCGAUUUCUCAAGGCGUUUCCGAAGCGUUUCAGACCCGUUGGAGGAGAUGGAAAUGCGAUGACGGUUGUUCCCUCAAAUGCGAAUACCGGAAUCAGGUUACCUGCGUUUCCCCCCCCUUUUUGGAUUUGGAAUCUCAGAGAUCAUUUCAGUUGCUGAUUUAAGAAAUUUAAUAGACAAUUUGGAAGGGAAGCUUGAUGAAAUGGAGAGAUGGGAUGAUGUCAUAGAAAAAAAGAACCAUCUCAUGUCUUACAAAGCAAGGUGCUGCAAGCCAAAGGAUGGUCCUCUAAAAUAUCGAAGCUUGACCACAUUCGAGAAUUGUUCCACGGAGCUGUUAAGAGACUUUUACAUGGACAAUGAAUAUAGGAAAGAAUGGGACAAAACAUUGGUUGAGCACGAACAGUUGCAGAUUGAUGAAAUUAAUGGAACAGAAAUUGGCCGCACAAUUAAAAAGUUCCCGCUUCUGACACGAAGAGAGUAUGUGUUGGCAUGGCGCAUUUGGGAGGGAAAAGAGAAAACCUUCUACUGCUUUAUUAAGGAGUGUGAACAUGCUCUUGCUCCACGACAGAAGAAAUAUGUACGUGUUGGUUUUUUCAGAUCUGGUUGGCGAAUCAGGAAAGUCCCUGGUAGAGACGCUUGCGAGAUUGCAAUGGUGCACCAAGAAGAUGCGGGUCUCAACGUCGAGAUGGCAAAACUGGCUUUUGCAAAGGGUAUAUGGAGUUAUGUAUGUAAGAUGGACAAUGCAUUGCGUAAAUACCCUCCUGCCCACCGUAUAAGCACAAACUUGGCCGUGACUGCUCUCCAGCUAAUUCAAAAGGUCCCAACUGAAUUAGAGGCCAGGACGGCUGCUGGCCAAGAUGUACCCACCAGCUCUACAUUGGAGGAGUUAAGAGAGAAGAAAUUCUUGAGAAAGCCUUCGAAGAAAUGGAUAGCAAAUGGCUUGCUUCUCUUAGGAGGUGUUGUAUGCCUAUCCCGUGGCCAUUCUAGCCUUGGUGCUAAGAUUGCCAUUGCGUGCAUACUGAAGAAACUGACUGAACAUGGAACCCCGUCGAGCCAUGCAGAGCCGAGAGGAGCCCGCCCGUAGCAGAUGCACUGCAACUGAUCUUUUGAGGUUUGAAUCAUCGAGCCAACCCAAAUUGGUCUGAGCCCAUCAAAUGACUGUUACUUGUAUUACUACUAGUUCAUAAUUCUUGAUUUUUUUUUUCUUUGGUUAUAAUCAUAAGUUUUUGUUAUAAUCAUAAGUUCUUGUAAGAUAACUCUACAGUUGUUGUGUAUGGAGCAUGACCUAAAACUGACAUUGAUCAGAUGAUCUUAACAUCCAGAAAUCUUGUGUUGAAUUUAGAAAGCGGAUCAGUUUCUUUCUAGCCAA